AUGGCUACCAUCGAACAACCCACCACCAUUGAGGUCAAGCAGGUGACGAUCACCCUCAACGAUGAGACCGUCCAGCUCCAGAACGUCGACGUGACUGAGACCGUCGAGUUCGCGGCAGACGCGCACAUCUGCGACGACGAGUGCUACGACUGCCUCGACUGCGACUACGAGCACUUCGACCAGUGGAGCGAGCACCCCGGCACGCCCGCGCUCUCGCACUCGCCUGCGGCGACCCCAGCGGAGCAGCCCUCCACCCCCUUCUUCAUGCCCGCCGCUGAACCCCUUCACUCCGAGCACCUGAGCCUUGGCGAGCGCCUCCUUUCGUGGGGCACGCACGGCCUUCAGGCCCUCGGCAGCAGCGCGCUACACGCGCUGCUCCCCUCCGACGAGGACGAGGACGUGGGUUUGCGUCUCUCGCCCCGCCUCUCCGCUGCCGACAAGAUCAAGUCGGCUGGUCCCGCUUUCUCGCCCGCCCCCGCAAUCCUUCUCGAGCCUGCACGUCCCGGCGCCCACGUCCGCUUCCUUGUUAGACAGCCGCGCGUGAGCAAGAUGAUUCCCACGCCGUCUAUCGCGGCGUUUGGAAGUAGCAUCUUUAUCGACGACGAGGAGAGCGACGAGGAGCUUGAGAUGUUCGAGGAGGGCGUGUCUAUCUAG